GGGUUUAUGAUGAGUGACCUGUCUCAGGACCAGUACUGUUUUCCAGGCUCUAAUGCCUCAUGUGUUAUGGCUCAGUUCAGCGUGGGGACCAGGAUUAGCCUCUAUUUGUUGUUUGCUUCAGGCAUACUGGUCACCAUUUUAGGAAACGGUGUUGUCAUUGUGUCAAUAGGUCAUUUUAAGCAGCUGCAGAAUCCCACCAAUGUGCUUGUUUUAUCUCUCGCUCUUGCCGACCUUCUUGUGGGAGUUAUUGUGAUGCCCUUCAGCGCCAUUCGGACCGUUCAUGGCUGCUGGUUCUACGGUGAUGACUUCUGUCAGUUGCAUUCUAGUUUUGACAUGUUUCUUACCACUGUAUCUAUCUUCCACCUGGUCUGCAUUGCUGUAGACAGACAACAAGCAAUAUGCAAUCCUUUGCAUUAUUCCAGGAAAAUCACAAUGUCAGUGGCCUGUAUUAUGGUCUAUGUGAGCUGGGCACUGGCUGCUCUUUACUCCUAUGGACUACUUUACUCAAAGGCCAACGUAGCAGGAUUAGAGGAGUAUAUGGUGUCAAUAAACUGCCUUGGUAGUUGUAACCUUCUCUUUAACCCCCUUUGGGGAAUCCUGGACAGUAUUACUGCCUUCUUUUUUCCCUCCACUGUAAUGAUUUGUCUUUACACUAAAAUAUUUAUUGUGGCCAAAGAGCACGUAAGAAAGAUCGGAGAUAUGAGCCACUGUUCCAGUGACAGAGGAAAAGGUGGGUUUGUUAAACAGUCUGAGCACAAAGCUGCGAAGACUCUGGCUAUUGUGCUCGGUGCAUUCAUCUUAUGUUGGAUGCCCUUUUUUAUUAACUCUAUAAUAGAUGCCUACACUGGCUUCAUCACACCUGCUGCCGUCUUUGAGGCAUUUGUUUGGUUGGGUUACUUCAAUUCAACCUUGAACCCAGUUAUUUAUGCCUUUUUUUAUCCUUGGUUUAAGAAAUGUUUUUAUCUCAUUGUCAGUCUGAAAAUAUUUGACCCCCAUUCUUCAACUGUAAAGGUGAAUAUACGGACACAUUGAUGACACUACUGUCUCUAUAUUUGCAUUAAGAGCAGGUUUAAAUGCAUCUGUUGUUUUUAUGGUGAUUUUUUAAAUCACAGUUUUGAGGAUGAGUUUCCCCUUAAUAUCUUUUUUUUUUACUGGCACUGAUCUCUGUAGCAUUAGCACAAGUGCUACAUGUUCAUUAUUAUUAUCUUUAUUUAGCUUUUGGUGAUGUUGAAUAGCUACACUAUCAAAGAUGAAAUGUUUUAAUGUUCUUAAGCAUUUUAUUUGAUUUUACUAUUAAAUUUAAUGUUAUUACAGUAUAAUAAUUACAUGAUGGAUUUCAUUGUUUUUAUGACAUCAUAUAUAUUUACUAGUUGAGUUACUAUGAACAGCUGCUUUCAAUUGUUAUAAUUUGCUGCAGUUGAACCUUCAGUGAAAUAAUCUGAUAAAACAAUGAUAUCAAAUCAUCCUACACUCAGUCAGUCUAAUACAACAGUCCUGCAACAAACCCUCCUCCAUGAAGGUUUAAUGUUCAGUUUGUGUUGAAUCUGUUUCAUGAUUAUUGUGGAGGCUGCAGUUUGUGUUGCUGCUGAAGUGUUUAGUUAUUUUGUCCUCCCUGUUUAUAUCAAUGACAGUAGGUUAAUAACAGAAACUCUUCUCUGUAGAAUGUGAAACGGUUCAACUCUAAAACAGUGUCAAUAGAAACUGAACAUUAGAUCCUUCAUGAAGGAGGAUUUACUGCAGCACUGUGGAGUCAGACUGUUUAGUUUCAGCUUGGUGUUCCUAAUAAACUGAGUGUAUGGUGUGCACACGAUUUGCACAGUUAAUUAAUGAAUUACUUGAAAUUGAAUUAAAAAGGUAAAAGAAAUACAGAAAGAAAUGUUGGUAUCUGCUGACACCAACCUGAUACCGUCUGUUUCCCUC